AUGCUGAUCGAUGUUGUUUUCCCAAAGUUCUCGCAGAGCCACAAGAUACAAAGCCCUCGUCGGCAGCCAACCCGCCAGCAAAUCCUACACUGUAUAAAGAUUUCUCUUUUCAAUCACAUUAUUUCAAUGGCUAUGCAUGGAGCGAUACUCUAUGUAGCUGGUGCACAAGAAAUCUCUUUCUAUUAUGUUCAUCGCGCCCUCCAUCACCCCAGAAUCUACACCUACAUUCACAAGAUGCAUCACAAAUAUAUUACGCCAGUCGCAUUCGCUGCCGAAUAUGCUCAUCCGAUCGAGCAUAUUUUGGCCAAUGUGUUACCAGUUACGCUCCCUCUCCAUCUGAAAGGCGCCCAUGGCCUCACUAUUAUGGCCUUCGUCACCUUCGAGCUUUGGGAGGCCGCGGCUGACCAUAGCGGGUACGACUUUUUGAAAUUACCACCCGCCGAGUUGCACGAUUUACACCACGAGAAAUUUCGUGUCAACUAUGGAACUAUCGGCUUGAUGGACUGGAUUCACGGAACCGACACUGUUGGGUGGGACCGGAAGGAAGUGAAGGUGGAAAAGGCCAAAUGA